AUGUCAGACCUGUUUACAUCUCCUACAAUCGACUUGGCUCCAAACUGUGAGAUUGAGUAUCCUCCGUUCGUGAGUUUCCCAGCAAUGCAACCGCCAGAUACACUGCAGAAGGUUAUCAACCAGUUACAAUUGGAAAGACACGUUGAAAACGGAUACUUCAAAGAAACGGAUAGGUCCCCUUUCACAAUUGACUAUAGUCAAUCGGAAUACCCAAGUGGUUCCAAUGAAAAUCCAGAUUUGGCAAUGCCAACGCGAACGGAGGCACCUCGUUACGAGGGCAAGAGAAGUUACUCUACGAUGAUCUACUACCUUCUUACUCCAGAUGCCCCCAUAACAAAAAUGAUAAUGAACAGAAGCCGUAACAUUCACGUCCUCCAAAAAGGUAAGGGACAGUAUGUUCUAGUCUAUCCUGACGGUACAAUCAAAUCUUUCAAGGUUGGUUUCGAUUACGAAAAUGGAGAAGUAUCACAAUGGGUAGUUCCAGGUGGUGUUUAUAAAGCUAGUUUUCUCUUACCGAAUGAAGAAUUUGACAAUGGCAUGCUUAUUAGCGAAAUUGUCGUUCCUGGAUUUGAAUUCUCUGAUUAUAAGCCCAUCCCCGGUAAAAAAGAACUUGAGACACUCGUCGGUGAAGAGAAAGCAGAGCUAUUGAAGCCCUUCUUGUGA